CUGCUCCACCGGAGCCCGUAGUCUCUUUGGAAACUUCUGCCGGGGAAAAGAGCUAGGAAAGGGGCAAAUCGGUGUGGGAUUUCUUUCUCUUUUCUUGCUCCUUUUAAUUACCCCUCUUCCGUUUGCACCCUUCUUCGAGCUUCACGGAGAACCUGCAAAUUUCGAAGAGGUGGUGGCAGAGUGGGAGCAAAGAGGUGUUAGGGUUUGGGAUUUGGGCCUUUUUUUUUUUUUUUAAAUUUCUUGAUUUCGACAUUUUCCCCCACUCUCGCGGACACCGCAGCCGCCGCUUACCUGUUCCCCGGCAGCGGCGCGCUGCAGGCAGCUGCAGGUUAGAAAGGAGCAGGGUGCAUUUUAGACUUUAAACAAAAUUUUUGCAGACAGCCCCAUUCCCCCCCCCCACUCCCUUCUCCACAGCCUCCGAGCUCAUUAUUCCGGUGGUUGCUUUGGGGUGAACAAUUUUUGGCUUUUUCCUCCCUGUAAUUCUGAGCGGGUCUGGCUUGGGGGAGGGGUUGUUUCUACGGCUUCCACUCCCUCCGCGUGCACCUGGCGCGGCUCUUUUCCCCCCAACCUGUUGCAAGUCCUUUAAUCCUUGCAGUUGGGACUUGCCGGCAGGCACCUCAGCCCUCCAUCUCUCCCUACGUUUUGCAAUUGUCUGGGGGAGGGCACCUGCUCUACCUGCCAGAAAAAAAAAAUUUUUAAUUUCUCCAGGCGCCCUCUUAGCCCCUCUCUCCCUACACGCUCGCUCUCGUGUCCCGCCCUAAGGUAAAGAGGAAGACUCGGAGAAGAUGGUGCUCACCGCGGUCCUCCUGCUGCUGGCCUCCUGUGCGGGGCCGGCCCAGGGCCUGGGCUCCUUCGUGCACUGCGAGCCCUGCGACGAGAAAGCCCUCUCCAUGUGCCCCCCCAGCCCCCUGGGCUGCGAGCUGGUCAAAGAGCCGGGCUGCGGUUGCUGCAUGACUUGCGCCCUGGCCGAGGGGCAGUCUUGCGGCGUCUACACUGAGCGCUGCGCCCAGGGGCUGCGCUGCCUCCCCCGGCAGGACGAGGAGAAGCCGCUGCACGCCCUGCUGCACGGCCGCGGGGUUUGCCUCAACGAAAAGAGCUACCGCGAGCAAGCCAAGAUCGAGAGAGACUCCCAUGAGCACGAGGAACCGACCACCUCCGAGAUGGCAGAGGAGACCUACUCGCCCAAGAUCUUCCGGCCCAAGCAUACCCGCAUCUCCGAGCUGAAGGCUGAGGCCGUGAAGAAGGACCGCAGAAAGAAGCUGACCCAGUCCAAGUUUGUGGGGGGUGCUGAGAACACUGCCCAUCCCCGGGUCAUCUCUGCCCCUGAGAUGAGACAAGAAUCUGAGCAGGGCCCCUGCCGUAGACACAUGGAAGCUUCCCUGCAGGAGCUCAAAGCCAGCCCCCGCAUGGUGCCUCGAGCUGUGUACCUGCCCAACUGUGACCGCAAAGGAUUCUACAAGAGAAAGCAGUGCAAGCCUUCCCGUGGCCGCAAACGUGGUAUCUGCUGGUGCGUGGACAAGUACGGAAUGAAGCUGCCAGGCAUGGAGUAUGUCGAUGGGGACUUUCAGUGCCACACCUUUGACAGCAGCAACGUUGAGUGACGCGUCCCCUCCCCGUCCUUCCCUCACCCCUCCCACCCCCAGCCCCGACUCCAGCCAGCACCUCCCUCCACCCCAGGACGCCACUCAUUUCAUCUCAUUUAAGGGGAAAAAAAAAAAAUACAUAUAUCUAUCUAUUUGAGGAAACUGAGGACCUCGGAAUCUCUAGCAAGGUCUCAACUUUCAAACCGGCAACAGCGGAGAAGCAAACAGCUAAGGAGACCCCCCCCCCGCCCCCGAAAAUAGUUUUCUUUUUGA